UCACUAUCAUCCCUGGGCCGCCGUCCUCUUUCCCAGCAACAAAAGUAAUAUCCUCUCACCACCUUACGCCCUCAACAUCGCAUCGUAUCUCGAUUCGACCAUACUGCUGCCGCCCUCGACUCCUCGUGGGCAUCUACACCUCCUGAGAUGGAGUCGCCCGGUGGAUACCCAGAGUCGCCGCUGGAUCAGGACGACGUAGUAUAUCCGUGCAAAGGCUGCGGAGAGAUCCUCGAGGAAGGAAAAGCAUUUGAGUUGGCUGGCAACCGAUGGCAUAUUGACUGCUUCCGCUGCAACACAUGCGGCACCCUCCUCGACUCCGAUGCCAACCUACUCCUCCUCGGCGACGGUUCCUUGAUAUGUAACAACUGCACCUACAGCUGCAACCACUGCGGCAACAAGAUUGAGGAUCUCGCCAUUCUCACUGGCGAUCAAGCCUUCUGUGCCAAUUGCUUCCGCUGCAGGAACUGCAAGCGCAAGAUCGAGAACCUUCGCUAUGCUCGCACAUCGCAAGGUAUCUUUUGCAUGUCUUGCCAUGAAUCUCUCAUGGCUCGACGACGCAAGAAAUCAAAAAAACCACCCUCUUCUUCUGCAAAAGUGGACAAGUCGCUCCCUGCGCUGCCCCCAAGCGCAUCCACGACGUUCACACCGGACAUCGACACCCCCUCCGACGUUUUCUCGGAGCCAAACACUACGGACGUUUCGCCUCGACCUCCGCACCCAAAGAGAAACGAUUCUUCCCCUGCCAACUUCCGGCGCGAUGCAUCUCCUGCUUCCCUUGAAGACACUCGUAAAGAGACCCUUACUCUUCCCUCGACUACCUACAAAGAACCUUCCCAUUCCGAGUCUUUAGACGCCGGCGACGAUGGCAUUCUACUUCCCUUCGCACUCGACCCCAACACUGCGCCAGGGCCCUCGCCGCUCGGAAAGUCAAGAGAGGCAGCACAGAGUCGCAACAAUGACAGCAAGACCGGGCGCGAUUACUUCAACCGGUCGGGCAAUCACAGGGAAAUGCUCAAGGAGAACCGCUCGCGCUCUGCGUCGGCGGAGCGAAACCAGAGUCCACAUAUCGCAUAUCAGGAGAAGGGUCGACAGCCAUCCGAUGGCCUGAACGACUCGAAGCGCCCCUCGGGUGGAGAUCGACCCACCCGCAGCCAGCUUGCUUCGCCGGCCGGUUCCUCCUCCACAGAAGCUUUCAAACUACAAGAUGUACCGAAGAACAAGAAGGCAGAGUCAAGGAAACAGUCAGAUGCAAGGUCGCCAUCCUACAGCUCUCCGGCUCCGGAUAUGGUCGCCCGUCUGACGAGCCCCCCGCCAGAUUCGCUACAUACAUCUCCCUUAGAUUCAGAGACUUCGCCAGCAACCUCGGGAUCCUCUUACAGCUCUACGCAGCAAGUGGAACGUCCUGCCAGGGGCGAUUCACUGGGACACACACAGCUCAAGCCCAAUGCCAGGAGUCAGAACACCGCACCCUCGCCGACGACACCGACCGCAGCCCGACCCGAACGAAAGGGAUCCUCUACAUCUGCCGGAGCAAACGGUGGUCUCGUCAUCUCUACUCCGAUGGAAUCGCCAGCGUCGAGGUCUAUGAUGGAUCCCCCCAUUCCCCAACGCUCUGCCGGCCGUCCUCCACCACCCUCCACUGACAACUUCACCUCUCCAAGAGCCCCCCCACACCCGCCGCCAGUUCCUCCCACUCACAAAGCUAAUGAGUCUAUUAGCACAGUCACAAGUGAUUCAUCCAAAGAUGUGGUCUCCCCAGGAAGUGGUCUGCCUCGUUACAGUGCGCAGGGUGAUUUCUCCAUGGAUGAAGAUUUCGCACGCCUCUUGUCAAACCAGGAGCAAGAGAAAGAUAAUGGCGUUUUGCGACGUGUCUCGAAUGCAAUGUCUAAGCAUGGCCGAAGCUUUAGCGAUCGGGGUUCUGUGAAUUCCCGCGGACACAAGAAGUGGCCGACAAACGGCUCCAUUGACAUCAGUAGCCCUACGGUUGCAUCACCCGAUUCGCGAGAGGAAAGCAUCAAUCUACGCAAUGAGCUUCGCAGAGCACAGCAGCGGAUUACAGAGCUGGAGACUGAAAAGAAUGGCCUCCAGGAGACCGUGCACAGCGCAGCCGACAUCAAACAAGCAAACACCAUGCUACGCGAGAAGCGAAACACUAUGGCUGUCUUAGACACCCAGCGCGAGAUGGUGAUCCGUGAAUUGGAGAUAAUGACCGAGCAUCUGCACCGCGCCAAAGACAACAACAAGGCCGUAGACAUCAGCGAGCUGAAGUCGGACAUUCUCAAAGACUUUGCAGGCUCCUUACAGAAGCUCAAGGACCAACUAGGUGGCCAAAUCGAGGAUCUAAUCUCAAAGAGGACAGAGCUCACUGACGAGAUCUCGAGCUUGAUCCAGAUGAAAGACAAAGGAUUCCAAGAGUAUGAAUCACUUAGCGCCCAGAACACUAAACUGUCGAACAUGAAUCGUGACCUCGUCGAAUCGAUUCAAAGGACGCUCAAAGACAAUAAACAUCAAAACGGCGGCGCUGGCCUCGAUGUCGGUCGUUCUCCUGCGAGCGGCUUGGGCAUUUAUCACACUCACUCUAAAGGCGGAAAGUCCGACCUUUCGAUUGAUCUACAGGCCCUUGCACAUGAGCCAUCCUUCUCUAACCUCCACGAAACCGAGAGCGAAGCCACACUGGUGCAGCCACACGUUGUCAACAUUCGCAAGACGGGCAAACCCACCAAAUUCAAUUGGAAGAAGGGUGGCCAAGCCAUUACGAAGAACGUGACGAAGGGAUUCAAGGGCGCCUUUGGACCCUCAGAUUCGAGACGCGAGGACGAAUACAACAACAGCAUCAAAGUCAUUGGCACGCCAUACGGCUCAGUGCACCACACCCAGCCCGACAUCUCAUCCAUGCAGAAUGCCAUCAAACCGAAGGAACUCGAGCCAAAUGCAAAUGCACGGGGAUGGUUCAGUAACAAAGCCAACAACAACGGCAAGCCUACGAACGACCGUUUCAAGCAACAGAACACCAGCAGCACGAAUUUGGCCGUCGACAGCAGCACCACGCUCUUUGGUUCUGAUCUGACUGCUCGCACUGAGUUUGAGAAGCGGGUCAUCCCAGCAAUCGUCAGCAGAUGUAUUGAAGAAGUUGAGCUACGAGGCAUGGACGUCGAGGGCAUUUACCGUAAGAGCGGUGGAUCCUCUCAGGUCAACCAAGUGAGGAAUGGGUUCGAGAAGAACGAGAACUAUGAUAUUUCGGAUCCCGAUCUGGAUAUCCAUGCAGUGACGUCCGCGUUGAAACAGUACUUCCGCAGAUUGCCUGUGCCACUGAUCACGUUCGAUGUCUAUGAUCAAUUCCUGGAAGCAGGCCAAAUCGAAGACCAGGAGAAGAAGGCUCGCGCUUUGACUGCGGCCGUUAAUGAGAUACCUCGCGCUCACCGUGACUGUCUCCAAUUUUUGGUGUUCCACUUGUCGCGAGUCAUCCAGCAUGCCAACGACAACCUCAUGACUCCUCUCAACCUCGCUGUCGUGUUCGCGCCCACGAUCAUGCGUCCCAUGGAAAUCCAGCGCGAAUUGACCGACGUCCAGUCCCAGCGAGUUGCCGUGCAGGCGCUGUUUGAGAACCAUCGCCACGUUUUUGGCAGCGAAGACUAAAAGGAGGAUGGAACUCUUAUCGAAUACCCACGACCACGUUUACCCCAUUCCAAUCUCGCCAGUCACUUUCUACGACUUGUAA